GCCGUUGUAAGCACGCGGCGGGGGGAGUGGCAGAUAGUUGCAGCAGCACAAGUUGAUAUCAGUGAGAGGUAUUUAAUCCACGCAGCGUGGAAUAAAAGUACUCACAGUGUAAACACAGAGCCUGCUGAGGUUUGUGUCCACGGGAGUGUGGAUGGGGGGAAACGGCCCGAGUCAUUUCUCCCACGAGGAGGGGGACGAUGGAGGAGUAACGUUUGUGAAGGGCAUUCGGGUGAGUGGAAAAGAUCCGACCGAGGGUUCAAUUUUAAAAGUGGAGAAAGAAAACAGUCUGUAAAAGGAGCUGAAUGUAAACACACAGUUCUUGCAGAGAUUUUUAAUUUUUUCAUCACAUGCAUGAGUUUUGAUAUUUAAUCUUCCUUCAGGACUCUAUUUUAUUCAUCGCUCUGGGUCAAAUGUGGAGUGAGUGUCUCCGCCCCAUGUUUGUUUUCUGUCCACACAGUCGGUGGUCGAAUUUGUGCUGAAGGUGGAAAACAUUUAGAGAAAUUAAGGUGCAAUUCAGUUUUUAUGACUUACAUGAAUCUACACUCAAAGACACUAUUUUCAAAAGAAAUAUCAAUAUCAUUAAAACAGCUUUAAAUAAAUGAAUGAAACCUUUCAAUCUUCUAGUGGUUAUAGGAAAUGUUUUUAAGUUUUCUUACACUGUCUCUGAUGCCGCUCAAAGUUGACUUUUAAAAAGUGUCCCAAAAUUGAUUUAAUUUAAUCAAAGUUAUUUUCAGUAACUUAUGAACAAAUAAUCAAUCAAUCAAUCAAAUUUUAUUUAUACACAACUGUCUUCAUCCCAAGACUACGGUGGCUGAGAACCGCCACUGCUGCAAAACAAAAAAAAAAAGAAGUCCCAACAGAAGUUACUGAUGCAAAAAAAAAACAAAGUUACAGAUGGAAAUAAAAAAAAGAAACAGUGCAGAUAAGAAAGCCACAACGGAAGCUAAUUCCAUUGUGGCUUUUUUUAUUUGCAUCCUUUUAUUUUCGCAGUAAGUAACUUUUUUUUUUUUCUUUGCAUCGGUAACUGUCAUUGAGACUUCUUUUUUUUGUACUCUUUUAUUUGCGGCAGUGGCGGUUCUCGGCCACUGUACAAGACGCUUUCCCAAAAAAAAGAGCAGGUCUAGACCGCGCUCAUUGUUUGAUGAAUUAUUAUUAUUAAGACCCAACCUAAGAUGGGACAGAUUUGACCCAUCUCAUCUAACAUGAUGUGGUAAGGAAAAAAACUUCCUUUAAACAGGCAGAAACCUUGAGCAGGACCAGACUCAUGCUAGACAGCCACCAAGCCACUGCUGGGUAAGGGAGGAAUACAGAGAGAUAAGGGAGAGAGAGGAGUAGGUGAGAGGGCAGGGGGAGAGAAAGAGAACAAGAUAAAGGGAAGGAGAGAGAGAAUAGAGAACGAGGGUGAGAGAGACAGAGAGAGAGAGAGAGACGGGACAACAGCAACAUCAAAACAACAGCAACAACAUCAGCUCAUGCAAAGUUGUGUUUGUAGAGUAAGUAAUGACGAAACAAAUGAUGUAACAUAAUUCAUGAAGAUCUUAAAGACUGAUUAUCCAUCAAUUCGUCCUCUUCUUUCUUCCUUCCUUUUCCCCCUGCUCCAUACAGUAUCCUUCUUGUUGUUCCUUGUCACAAAGCUGUAGAUGUUUAAGCUUUAAGGGUUUGUUGUUUAUGUUUUAGAAACUUUAACCUGAGUUAUUUUUUUCAGUUUUCAGUCUCUGUUUGCAUUUUGUUGCUUUCACUGUGGGCAAGUAUUGUUCCCACUCUCAGUGUGAAUGUAGUGUUCAACCUGCUUGGAGGAACAUGUCAGAGACAAACUGUGGUCUGUCAAACUUAAGGAUUUAUUAGUAUUUUAUCAGAGUGUGAGGACAGCUUUGGCGUUGAGUUCUUUAAAGCUUCAAUUUGAACCUUUUCUCAUUUCAGCUGUCGGACAAAGUCAUCAACCGGAUGAAGCAGUCGUCACAAGCCACCUGUCCCAAUUUCUCACAGAAGGAAAGUCCUCCUCCACCUGUAACCCAAAUCUCCACCCCUGUCCCCGCUCCCUCGGUUGAACACCUGAUUCCUCUUCUGACACCUCUGCCUCUUCCACCAAUCACUGCUCCCCCACCGCCUGAGGAAGCUCCUCCUGUUAAACUCAUCCCUCCUCCACCAGUGAAGUUUCAUUCCCUUCCUCCACCCACCUCUGAGGAGCCAGCAGACCUGUCUCCACCUGCAGAGCCACAAAGUCCCCCUGUUUCUGACCCUGUUGUCUCAGCACCACCUCCACCUCUAUCUGUAACUACUCCACCAGUGGAGGCAAUUGUUGAGCCUUCACCACCACCUCCUCCUCCCUCAGCCGUAGCAGAGCCAGUGAUUUCUACUCCUGUUGAGCCAGAAACACCACCCGCCCCCAUCAAAACAGAGCCCAUUGUUGAAGCAGUUGUCAUACCCCCACCUGUGGAGUCCAUCCCUGUAGCUGCACCUACACCUCUGCCCUCUGAACUUGUAAAAGAAACUCCUCCAGCUUCCGUUGAACCUGUUGUUCUACCUCCACCUGUGGAGCCACCUCCAGCUCCUCUUGCACCACUUGAACCAUUAGCUGCAUCGCUGCCCUCUGAAGCAACGCCUACAUCUGUAGUGGAAUCUGUUGUAGUUCCCUCUGUUGAACCUGUUGUCCUUCCUCCACCUGUGGAGUCACUCCCAGCUGCUGUAACUCCACCUGAACCAUUACCUGCAUCUCUGCCCUCUGAACCAAUACCUCCAACUGCUAUUGAACCAGUUGUAGCUCCUUCUGUUGAUGAACCUGUUGUUCUACCUCCAUCUGUUGAACCAACUCUUGCACCACCUGAACCUUUAGCUGCAUCUCUGCCCCCUGAACCAACACCUACCAUCGCUAUCGAACCUGUUGUCUUGCCUCCACCUGUGGAGUCACCCCCAGCUGCUGCAACUCCGACUGAAUCAUUAACUGCAUCUCUGCCCUCUGAACUUGUGACUCCAGCACCUCCAACUGCCAUUGAUUUGGAAGCCGUGGCUCCCUCUGUUGAACCCAUUGUCUUGCCUCCACCCUCGGAAACUCCCCCAGCCUCACCUGAAACUUUGGCUCCAUCUCCACCCCUUGAAAUUGAAACACCGCCAUGUCCAACCAGUCCUGAAUCUGCUGCAGCUGCUCCUUCUGUUGAACCAACACCACCUGUGGAAACAGUCCCACCUCCACUCGCUGUUGAAUCCACACCAGUUGAACCAAUAACUCCACCCGCUGUAGAUCUAACUGAGGUUGAAGCUGUAGUUUUACCCCCACCGGAGGACAUUAGCCCUGUGGAGCCUGUGGUGCUACUUGUUGCUGUCGAAGAAGUUCCUCUCUCUGUGACCCCAACUGUUGAAGCACCACCUCCACCUCCUCCUGCUCCUGAACCAGUGGCAGCACUGGACCCUGCUCCAGAGCUUUCUCCUCCACCCUGUCACUCUAUGGAGCUGGCGAUCAUCCCUGCUGAUGCCCCUGUAAGUGAGCCCCUCAUGGAGCCUCUAGCACCACCUCCACCUGAUGUAGCUCCACCUGCUGAGGAGCCCAAAGUGAUCCUGUCUCUGCCACCUGUGAUUGAGGAUGAAGUACCUGUUGUGGCCAUAGUUCCUCCACCUCCCGCAGGUAAACCUAUUACAAUGUUUUUAAAUGCAGUUUAAAACAAAUACAACAUAAUGUUCAGAUGUGUUGUUGUUGUGUUUGGGUGUAGCUCCACCUGCAUCUCCUGAAGAGCUGGAGGAGAAGUUGAGACUGUCGAUUAAAGGAGACCUGCAGAAGACUUUGGAGGAGGAGAUCAGCCUGAGGAGACAGGAGCUGCAGCGACAGUAAGGACAAAAACUCCCCAUCAAUCUAUCAAUCAAUUAAUCAAAAUGUUCUUAUAUCUGAAGCUAAGGUUGACUCAAAGCUUCAAAGACCACAUCUACAAGGUCUUCAAUAAAGUUAGUUUUGUUUUGUAGAAAUUAUAAAAUUAAUGAGAAACUUUAUUCCAGCUGGGGCUGCAAAGGUUUAUUUACCCUCAGUCGUCUUUUCUCACAUCACAUACUGUAUGAAAAGUUGGUCUAAGAUUCACUUAAUUCAUGUUGUUCGUUCAAGUGUCUAACUCUGUUGGUUCAACUCUAAUUCUAAUGUUUAAAGGGCUAAUCACAAUUUAAAGGGAUAUUCUGGCGUAAAAUUAAGUAAGGGUCAAACACACCGUAACACUGAGUUAGGACACCCUGUCAGGAGAUGAAUGUUGCUGACUGCUUGCUUCUCUAGUUAUACCAACUUUAGUAACGACUGCAGAUAGCAAUACAGAGAGCCACGCGCUCAACCAAAAUGCCACAAAUAAUGCUCAGAACAGCACCUAACUUCAUCAACAGUACAUAUAGAGUCCCAGCCACAGAACUAGCCACCAAACAUCUUUUUAGCUUUUCCUAAUUUCUUUAACAAAGAGACUAAACACAACUCACCUACUUUCUUCCAGCAGCAGCCACUUGUUUGUAGAAAGAUCUCAGACGAGUCCAUUACUACAGCGGGGUGCCACAGCUCAAGGAAGAACAUUUAUGAUCAUUUCAAAUGAUCAUAAAUAUUCUUUUUUGAGCUGCCUCACCCCGCAGCAGUCCAUAAUGGACUGGCCUGAGGUCUCACUACAAACAAGCAGCGGCUGCUGGAAGAGAGUAGGUGGUCGUUACUAAAGUUAGUAUAACUGGAGAAGCAAGCUGUCGGCAACAUUCAUCUCUUGAGGGGGUGUCUAACUUGUGUUAUGGUGUUUGACCCUAACAUAAUUUUAUGCCUCAAUAUCCCCUUAAUUCAUGUUGUUUGCUUUAGUGUCUAAUUCUGUUUGUUCAACUCUAACUCUAAUGUUUUAAGGGUGAAUCACAAUUUUAGUAUCAGAGGUUAAAACUGAGUUCUGGUGUUUUGUGGAAGGCUGGAUGAGAUGAGGGCUCACGCCACAGCAGAGGCCAAAACGGCGGCUCAGGCUCAAGUGGAGGAGCAGGUGAGAAAGGCGUUGGAGGCGGACAAACCUGGCUACCUGGAGAACCUGAAGGAGGCCAUCAUGAGGGAGCGCAUGAAUACUGAGGAUCAGAGGCUCAUGGUGCAGCUUUACGUAAGCGCAGCAAACAUUGACGACCUGUACCUGUGUGUCGGGAUCUCUCUUUUUUUUUCAACAUAAAACUCUUCACUCCCCUUAAUGUGCCUCUUUUCCUUCCCUUGCUCUCGCCUUGUUUCAGUGGAUGGAGGUGAAGGUAAGAUGGGAGAGAAUUUAUAUCUGCAUGACUCACUUUUCUCACUUUUCCUCCUGAACUAAUCACUGUGAAAACAGCAGCUGCACAGAUGUGCUUGACCUGAAAGAAAAAACAAAAAACAAGAAAGAAAAAAAGCAACUAAUUUGUGGAGAUUUGGUGUCAGGAUCUGUACAGUACUUGACAAUGAAAUAUAAUAUUGGCAUGAAAAUGAAAUGGCUGGUCUUUGAGAUGCAGUGAAGUGAUGAUUAAUAUAUUAACCCUUUACAGGCUCAUCAGCUUGAGGAGAGGGAGAAAGACUUGAAGAAACGAGAUGCUCUCUACAAGGAACAUAUUGCAAAACUUGAAGCAAAGGUGAGCGACAUUUCACUUACAGAGGGGUUUGCCUUGAUUUAAAACUGUAGCAGUAGUAUUUACUCUCCCAAAUGUUUAAAGCUGUCACAAUCUAUGAAAUAAAAAAAUGGCAUUUAAUACUGUUGACAGUGUGAAAUGGCUAACCCUUUAGUUAUCUCAGUUUCCUCUCUUGAAGCACCAUUUUCAGUAUCAAAAAGCCCUUAAACUUACUGUCCAACUCCUCAUAAGCACCAAAGGACAGGAAGUUGACAAUGACUUUUAUUCAUGAGGGGCAGAGUGCACCAGCUGCUGGAUGUAUUCCCCAAGCAUAGCUCUGUAUUCAACUUAAAGCUUAAAGUUACAACCAGCUUAAAGUCAAGCUCUAUGCACCAGCUAGACUUAGGUUCUAUGUGGGUGUAACUUUAACAUCUGGGAAGAAGCAAGCACACAUCUGUAGAGUCAGACCAGUCAGUCCGGUCAAAACUAUGCAAAUAAAAAAAAGUAACGGUCACAAAACCUUUAAAAAUAUGCUGUUAGUGCCCUCUGUUAACAGAAGUGUGUAGAGCCAAGAGAGUCUGUAGUCUGUGGUUGGACUCAACUCAGAGAGUGAGCUCAUUUUGAGGUUUCCUUUUGAAACCCUGCUGUAAUAGAUUCUGUCCCCUAGACUUCAGCAUGUGUUAGUUAGAAACACAUUGCUGUCCCUGCCCUACAAAUGAUGUAUUCUCUCAGGUUUUAUACAAAUGAGGCUGUCAGCUCCAGGUUAUUCAUACUCUUCUCUUCUCCUGUAAAAGGGGAUGUUAUCUAUGUUUGCCAUCUUUAUCUUAUUUAUCUUAGUUUAUUUCGCACACAACCUUGUUACUUGACAAUACUCACUGUUAAGCAUAACCAUGAACAGUCCUAAUCAGGCCUGAUGCAUGGUUUGAGUUCAGGUUGUAGACUGUAUAUAGAAUGGACGUUGUCUGCCUCCUCGCUGGGUGAAGCCACUUCGAGAACAGCACCCUCUGGUGACGGGCUGCAGUAUAGGUCAUAAAUCCCGCCUCCUCCAGCAAUCCUUAUGGAGUUGUGGACAAACUUUAGAAAUUAAUUACACAGAAUAUAAAUGUUUCUCCCCCCUGGUUGUGAUGUUGACAUGUAGUUACAGUAAGACUGGUUUGUGCUCAAAGUCCUCUUUUCUUCUGUGCAUCUGUUUUUAAAAGUUAUUAUGGGGUUCAUGUUUCCUAUGAUUGAAAGGGAAAAAAAAGAAAACUGUUUCUAAGAAACUGAAGACACAUUGAAUAUCAUUCAACUAUUGACAGUUUGUGUCCGAAUCCAGCUGUACUAUCUUAAUGUGUUUUUCAGUGCACUGAAUUUUACAAAGUGUCGGCUGAGAGCUACCAGAAAGGCAAAGAGGAGACUCACAAUCGUUUUAAGUAAGUUAAAAAUCAUCUGUGUUUAUUUAGCUGUUAUACUUAUCUGCACAUUUUCUUAGUAAUAUAAUGCAUAAGACAGGUUAGUUUGGAUGUGGUCCUGGUAAUAAAUCAGCAUCACAUUUGCAGAAUUUACCUUUUUUUUUUUUUUUCCUCUCAGGCGUUUCAGCAUCCAGCCAGUGUGUGGAGACCUGCAGAGUCAGAUUUUAAAAUGCUACAAGGAGAACACAGGAAAGACUCUGUCCUGCUCCAACAUCGCCUCAGCGUACAUGCAGUGUGUGGACAACGCCAAGAAGGUGCGGUUUGAUAAACAUCAGAUAAUUAAAACAUUUAAUCUGUGUCUGGUGGUAUUUUCAUCGAUGUCUGCCCUCUGUUUACAGAAUAAAUUGAGCCCUGGAGGUUAAAGCGGACCACUUGACGAGGACGUUGACGUCUCACAGCUUUAUUGUUUCAGGAGAAUCAUCUACAGCCUUUACUGGAAAAGAAAGUGCCAUAUACUUUCACACGGGUCUGCUUUCAGCGUCACAAACACGGUGCUGUGUCUGUGACCUGUUUUCUGGGUCAUUUUUAAACUAAAUGUGCCACAACACUAUCAGACGGAUCGGAGCUCAAGUUUGUCAAUGAGGCGAAGCGUAACGAAUGCACAGAAGCUUAAGGUUGGUCAUGAGUGAUCGGUUGAACCACAGUAAAGUAUGUUGGAUGAGAUAUUUACCACACACUGAAUGAGAUGUGCUAAUCAUAAUGUUUGUGUGCCUUAAAGUUGUUGAAGGUUCAUUAUCUGAUUGCAAAUGCAUGAAGGAACACUAUGAAAGACAUGUACGUGUUUUAGAUAAUUGUGCUGUACAUAAAGUGUUUCAGGAUUUAUUUCUGGUGCAUGCAAAUAAAUAAAUAAACAAACAAACAAACGUU